CUCUGUGGACACACAACGCAAAGCGAGAGAAGGCUUUGAAUCAUCUACGCCAAAAACACUGUUUCUUCUUCUUUUUUUUCUCUCUCUUCUUUCUUUUGACAACGAAAGACGAAACUUCGGGGAUGCUCUGUACCUUACCUUCACAGCCGCGUGACAUUAUCGCUGUCCUUUCGUCUCCGAAUCUUUCUUUCUUCCUCUGCUAACAUACACCCUUAACCCCUCCUUUCUUUCCCUUUCGAACCUUCCUCGUAUUUGAUGCUUUGACUUACAGCACGGUGAUUGAUUCCCUCUCUUUUUUUUUUCUCUCUCCCUCUCUCUAUGUUCGUUCUGCUAUCAAAGUUCGAACCUUUUUCUGAUUUGGAUUGAUCUGAUGCCGGUACUGAGUUGUGGGGUGGUGCUGUUCCUUGACCCUCUCCCCCGGUGUAAACGAAAGUUUUUCUUUUUCUGAUGUUUUACUGAAGUUAUUUGCCGAUUUCGGUUAUUCAGUUUGGGAUCAGUUUUGGGUUUGGUUUCGUUUGGUUUGGCUAUGCUGUUUUGGUGGCUUUGGAAGUUUGAACAAGGGGGUUCUUAGAUCCUUUUUGCGCGUUCCCGGUGCUGAAAUCUUGCAGAGAUAUAAAAUAUUUGUGUUUUUUGUUUUUCAUGUCUGUGUAUGGAUGGACCUCUAGAGAUAGAGUGAGUCUCUUUAGCUGAUGUUCUUUAUGUUAAGUAAUCUUGUGAGGGGUUGGAUCAGAUGUCAUGUGUCUUGUGAGUUGUGACAUUAGAUUUUGUAGUUAACACUUAUACAGAUCAGUGUUUUCCGUUUGCACGGCAUAUAUACUUUCCUUUUUUAUAGGUUGUUUCUGUUUAAAAGUCUCUGGUGGGGAAUUCAGGGUUUUUGAGAGUGGAAGAUAUGCUACAGGAUCAUUAAGGUUCUCAAGUUGUUGGCAGAUGGCUUAUUCAGCCGAACCCUCAUCUUCUUUGAGCUUCACAUCAUCUUCCCAUUUAUCAAAUGGCUCAGUUAGUCACAACAUUUGCUCUUCUUACGGCUCUGACCCUGUACCUAACCUUGAGGUUAUCAGUUUGAGUAAGCUUAGCUCCAACCUGGAGCAGCUUUUGAUUGAAUCUGAUUGUGAUUAUAGUGAUGCUGACAUCAUUGUAGAAGGAAUCCCAGUUAGUGUUCAUCGAUGUAUUUUGGCCUCUAGAAGCAAGUUUUUCCAUGAAUUAUUCAAGAGAGAGAAGGGGACAUCAGAAAAAGAAGGGAAGUUGAAGUAUAACAUGAGUGAUUUGUUGCCUUAUGGCAAGGUUGGAUAUGAAGCCUUCCUCAUAUUCCUGGGUUACGUAUAUACUGGUAAACUCAAGCCCUCUCCAGUGGAGGUGUCUACAUGUGUUGACAAUGUAUGUGCCCAUGAUGCCUGUAGACCUGCAAUUAACUUUGCUGUGGAGUUGAUGUAUGCCUCUUCCAUUUUUCAAAUACCAGAGUUGGUAUCACUUUUCCAGCGACGUCUACUUAACUUUAUAGGAAAGGCUCUUGUGGAAGAUGUCAUUCCAAUCCUUACCGUUGCUUUCCAUUGUCAAUCGAGUCAGCUUGUGACUCAAUGUAUUGAUAGGGUGGCCAGAUCAGACCUUGACCAGAUUUCAAUUGACAAAGAGCUUCCGCAUGAACUCUCAGGAAAAGUGAAAUUGCUGCGCCACAACCCUCAGCAAGACGUUGAAAAUGAUGCAUCUGCUUUGGAUGCUUUGUCUCUGAAACGAAUCACGAGAAUACACAGGGCAUUGGACUCCGAUGAUGUUGAGCUUGUUAAACUUCUUUUAAACGAGUCAGACAUUACUUUAGACGAAGCUCAUGCUCUUCAUUAUGCUGCAGCCUAUUGUGACCCGAAGGUUGUUUCGGAGGUACUUAGUUUGGGACUGGCUAACGUUAAUCUUCGGAAUUCUCGAGGUUACACAGUGCUUCAUAUUGCUGCCAUGCGGAAAGAGGCAUCUAUUAUAGUAUCGCUGCUUACGAAAGGAGCUUGUGCAUCAGAUGUGACUUUUGACGGUCAGAGUGCUGUUAGUAUUUGUAGAAGGUUGACGAGGCCAAAGGAUUAUCAUGCGAAAACAGAACAGGGGAAAGAAACAAACAAUGAUCGGAUAUGCAUCGAUGUUCUCGAAAGAGAAAUGCGGAGGAAUCCACUGGCUGGAGAGGCCGGUAUCUCUUCCCAUGCCAUGGCUGAUGACCUCCACAUGAAACUACUAUACCUUGAAAACAGAGUGGCAUUUGCAAGGCUUUUCUUCCCUUCAGAAGCGAAACUAGCCAUGGACAUUGCCAACGCUGAGACAACAUCGGAGUUUGCCGGUCUCUCUGCAUCAAACUCAAAGAAUAAAAAUGGCAACUUGAGGGAGGUUGAUCUGAAUGAGACUCCCAUAGUGCAAAAUAAAAGACUUCUUUCUAGAAUGGAGGCCCUUAUGAAGACAGUGGAAAUGGGGCGGCGCUACUUCCCUCAUUGCUCGGAAGUGCUGGACAAGUUCAUGGAGGAUGAUCUACCUGACUUGUUUUAUCUUGAAAAGGGUACUCAAGAAGAGCAGAGAAUCAAAAGAACACGGUUCAUGGAGCUGAAAGACGAUGUCCACAAGGCCUUCAGCAAGGACAAGGCCGAGUUUAGCCGCUCUGGCAUUUCAUCUUCAUCCUCUUCAUCUUCCCUCAAAGAUUCUGUUGUACAUUACAGGGCUAGGAAAGUGUAACAGUAAAACCAUACAUAGCAGUUUUUUAUUUUCACAUACAUAUUAUAUAUAUAGUGCAAAUUCUAAAGUUUAUCAUGCCCACCUACUCUUGUGUAAAAUUCUCAAAGAAGGUGAUGAUGUCUUACUGUCUUGUGUAAUCAACACCAUGUCUUUUGAAAAUAAUUUCAUAUCCUUUAUGGUGCUGAAAUUUAUU